AUCCUUUCGGUUUGCCGUGUGUGGGAAUGCUGGACACCAACACCCAGCGAGGGAUUCGGCCAAGGGCUCCUCUCCUCGGCGCCUGAACCCUGCUGCUCUGUGCCUGGGUGGGAGAUACAGAUGUCAGAGGACAAGACAGACAAGGUAAAAAUCAAAGCAGCUGAAAGUUUUGAACAUGAAAAGCAAAAUAUUUCUUGGCUGAGAAAAGACCGUCGCACCAGCUCCCUGCCUCUACUGGCCCUCCCUGGAGUGACACCGAGCAGUGAGGACCAUCCAGAUAACCAGCUUACAAAUGAAAAACACACAGAUGAAAAGCCAAUGAAAGGUAUUGUUAUGAGUUCUGUCGCAGAAUUCAGCAUCACAGACGCUUCAUCAAAGGGUACCAAAAAUGAGAAGAAAUUGUCAGAUGCAAGCAGAUCAUCCAUUGCUUCCCUGGAGAAAUGCAGAGAAUUCACUUACAUUGAAGAUGAUGCAUCAGUACAUCAGAGAGACAGUGACGAUGAAUGCGCAACACUUAUCCUGGCCUGCUUGUUCUGCCAGUUUUGGGACUUUCUUAUAAUGCUGCCUGAUACCUGUGAACAUUGGCUGACAGAUACCUGUUGUCCAUCCAAUAGAUAUUACCAGACCUCCGACGAAGACCACGGCAACAACGACUGCAACUGCGACUGUGACAUUGAUUGCAGCCUCUUUGAGUCCUGCCACGAGACUGGGGAGUGCCUGGAGCUCGCCAUGGAGAUUUCAGAAGUCUGCUAUCGCUGAUAGGAAAAUAACUGACAAAAUCCCUCAAAACUACCCAACAGAUUACGAAGGAGAUUUUUUUUUUUUAAUAUUAAUCAUUACCAGAGGUUUUGUCAAUGAGGACUAUGUGCAUCUUGUUGCUGCCUCCCUGGAGGUCUCUAUAUCUGUACUGCUCUGGUGGCAUGAUAUCACAAACUGCUGAAACCAAUAAAGGACAAAAAGGGGUCUUCUCUGCCAUAGAAAAAUGAAAAAAACAGAAUUCCUAAGUGCCAAGUGUGCUAGCUGCUUUACCCACUGUCAAUCCAAGCUUUUAUAAACCUUUAAUUGCUUUAAACACUGAUUUCGCCAUUCAUAAGCACAGAACAAAUUAGGACGUUAUUUUAGGACUGAUAUAUAUAUAUAUAUAUAUAUAUAUAUAUGUUCAUCUUCCUAAUGGAUUCAUACCUAAACAUG